CCCGUUCAGCAGCUCCAGUCGCACUUGACUCUUCGACCACCGCGAUCAUCCAGCAGAAGGAGUCAGUGGAUACGUGUGGAGAUCAUUUUUCUCGAACCGCGAAACGCAGAGAGUGAAACAUGCGACUUUACCAGUGUUUUGUGCCAGUGUUGGUACUUCUUUACGUCGGAACCUCGUCCGCGAGACCUGGCUUGCUGGCAGACCUCGCGGCGAAGCGCGGCGUCAGCCUACUGGAUCCGUUGGGUUUGUUCAAAGACAAAGGGGCUCAAGCAUCCAGUAAAUCGAACACGUACGGAUCGAACUUCCAACUAGGACCACUUUCCUUCUCGAGCAGCUUAUCUUCAUCCUCGGCGACGGCCUCGGGUAAUGGAGCAGGUUCGGUCGCGAACGCCAACGCGAACUCCCAAGCCCACGGCGGGGGCAGAGCCGAUGCCUCAGCAUCCGCCAACGCUCAAGGUUACGCCGGUUCCGAUAAUUAUAAUUCUAACAUCGGCCAGUACGUUCCAUCGGACGGUCUCCAGUACGGUAAUUCCGGCGGUUCUCAAUCCACUACGAACGCUAAUGCGAACGCGAUUUCGAACGCUGCCACGAACAAUGGUAUAGACAGUUACCAUGCUCCCGGAACCGCUACGCUUCAAAUUAGUCCUGGCUCGAUCGGAUAUGAAGGAACAGGGGAUUCUGGCAACUACUAUCCUUCCGGAAGCCUUCAGAUCGACGCAGGUGCUGCUGCGAACGCGAAAGCAAAUUCUGUCGCUGGCUCGGGGACCGAUGGUUAUUACGCUCCAAAAUCGGAUCGCGGCUACUAUUCCCCGGGCAAUGCAGGUGUAAACGCAGGAGUAAUUGUUCCUCAGACACCUACUCUGACAAUAGCCGAAUCUCCGAUGGUUGAUGGAUACGAUGAAGAGAUCCAUGUCGUUCCGGUGCCGCCGCCUUCACCUCCGUCUCGUUAUCAUCAUCAUCAUCAUCAUCAUCGUCAUUAUCCUCCUCAAGUGCCUUUUCAACCCGUGCCGCAAGUUUCGCCGAACGAAGACAUGGUGAUACCGAUCGUGAUCGUGGACGGUCCACCUCAGUACCCGCAACCGGGUCGCGUCCAGAACCCGGUACAGGUGAUCGUUGUCGAAGAACCAACCUCCCCGCAGCAAGGCCAAGCAGGCGGAGCUGGAAAAGACGGAUACUACCAGCCGACUGGCACUAGUCCAUGGGGUGCCGCAGGAGGCAAUGCGAACGCGAACGCGAACGCAGAGGCUAACGCAGCUGCUAACGCUAACGCGAAUGCCAAGGCCAACGCGAACGCUGCUGCCAAUGCUGGAUCAACGGGAGGAUCGGGAUACUACCCCGGAAGCGGUCCAACCACCAACGUCGGUGGAUCUAAUCCGUUCCUGACAGGAGCUCAGGGGAAUGCGAACGCUAACGCGAAUGCGAAUGCAGGCGCCGUUGGAAACACGAAUGCGGGAACGAAACCAGGAUACUAUCCUACUGGUGGCUACGUUCCCACCGGAACUGGAGGAAGCAAUCCCUUCUUGACAGGUUCAGGAGGCGCUAACGCUGGCGCCGGCGCCAAGGCCAACGCUAAUGCCAACGCUGGUGCCACUGCAGGCUCUCAGGGACAGAUCGGAGCACAGAACCCGUUCCUUACCGGUGGAGUUAGUGGUCACGAGCUUGGACAGUACGUCACUGGCGGGGGAGAUUCGACUUUCAACACCGGAGGCAAAGGCAUUCCUACGACGUACCCUGGCGCACCAGGAAGCUACGGACCGAAUACUGGUGGAUCUGCCGGAGCAGGUGCUAAUGCCAAUGCUGCUGCUAACGCAGGAGCAAAUGCUGGAGCCAAGGGUAUCCCUACGACGUAUCCUGGCGCACCAGGAAGCUACGGGCCGAAUACUGGUGGAUCUGCCGGAGCAGGUGCUAAUGCCAAUGCUGCUGCUAACGCUGGAGCCAAUGCCGGAGCUAAGGGUAUCCCUACGACAUACCCUGGCGCACCAGGAAGCUACGGGCCGAAUACUGGUGGAUCUGCCGGAGCAGGUGCUAAUGCCAAUGCUGCUGCUAACGCUGGAGCCAAUACCGGAGCUAAGGGUAUCCCUACGACAUACCCUGGCGCACCAGGAAGCUACGGACCGAAUACUGGUGGAUCUGCCGGAGCAGGUGCUAAUGCCAAUGCUGCUGCUAACGCUGGAACAAAUGCUGGAGCCAAGGGUAUUCCUACGACGUACCCUGGCGCGCCAGGAAGCUACGGACCGAACUCUGGUGGAUCUGCCGGAGCAGGUGCUAAUGCCAAUGCUGCUGCUAACGCUGGAACAAAUGCUGGAGCCAAGGGUAUUCCUACGACGUACCCUGGCGCGCCAGGAAGCUACGGACCGAACUCUGGUGGAUCUGCCGGAGCAGGUGCUAAUGCCAAUGCUGCUGCUAACGCAGGAGCAAAUGCUGGAGCCAAGGGUAUCCCUACGACGUAUCCUGGCGCACCAGGAAGCUACGGACCGAACUCUGGUGGAUCUGCCGGAGCAGGUGCUAAUGCCAAUGCUGGUGCCAACGCUGGAGCCAAUGCUGGUGCCAAGGGUAUUCCUACGACAUACCCUGGCGCACCAGGAAGCUACGAACCGUACAUCGGUGGAUCGUCUGGUGCAGGAGCCAAUGCUAACGCUGGUGCUAACGCCGGAUCUGUCGGCAAACCGAUCAAAACUGUUCCUAUAACCAUUCCGGCGACUCCAAACGCCAAUUACCAAACUGCACCUGAUUCUCAGGGUGUGUUUGGUACUCCCACGAAAGGUUCUCCAAUUUAUGGAACUUCCGGGCCAGGAAGUUACCCCGGAGCCAACGCCGGCGCUAACGCUAACGCUGGUACCACCGGAUCAGGAUAUGGAAACUCUGGAAGUACCGGUGGAUACGUCGCGCCCGUGAAGAGUUCGCCGGUUUAUGGAACCCUUGGACAGAAUUAUGGUGGUGGAAGUACUGGGAGCGGCGGGAUCAAACUCGGAGUAAUUGAAUCCACUGGAUCAGGAAGUCAUCCUCCUUAUGAAAGACCAAUCUAUACACCUUACACCGGAUCUUCGUUCGGAAAUGUCGAUGGCCACGGUGGAUCUGGCGCUAAUUCAGGAGCCAACGCAGCAGCGAACGCACAGGCCAAUGCAGGAGCCAAUGCUGGAUCCACCGGAUCAAAUGGUUUCGGUCCCUCUGGACCGUUUGGUACUUCCGGUCCUGCUUAUGGUAACACUGGGGCCUCCGGAAAUGCCGGUGCGAAUGCUGUCAGUAAAGCUGACGCCGUAGCGAACGCUGGGAGCACGGGUGGAAUCGGCGGUUCCAUUAGUCCCGUAAAAGGGGGUGACAAUGGAUUUGGAGGAUCUGGAUUUGGUUUCGGAGGUGCCGGAGCCAAUGCUAAUGCUAAGGCCGAUGCGUCUGCCAUCGCUGGGGGACUCGGUGGAGCUUCGGGAUCAGCAAACUCGAAUGCCAUUUCGAACGCGAACUCCAGCGGCACAGGAGGAGCGUCAGCCACCUCGUCAGCUAAAUCCUCCGCGUUGGCGUCUGGAAACGGAGUGGCGAACGCGAACGCGAACGCACAAGCGUCGAGCAACGCGUCUGGAAACGGAGGAAGUUCCGCGUCCAGCCAAGCUUCCGCCACGGCCAACAUAGACACCAGGAGAAUGCUCGUCUUCAAUUAAUCGUACCAUUCAAUUCGCAUGGGAUUACCCCAUGAACCGUGCCAUCACUCUCAAGGUUUUACGUUUAUAGCUCUCGUAACUACUGUGGUAUCUGUAACACACCGAAUCGAUUCACUUAAAUAAACGUCACUGGACUGCGGAUUUAUAAAAAUGCACAGUAGAAUGUUUAAAAUAUUUUUCGUUACUUAGCUUGCAUACAAAUCUGCAGUCUAUGUAUCAUAUUUUAACGAUCGACGAACGCUGAUGGAUCUUAAUUACAUUGUCAGCGUGAGGAAUCGUCACUAUUUUGCGAUUCAAUUGUUAUGCGUUGCGUAACGCAUUUUAUUGCGCUUUUUCCUCCCAUCGAUGUUCAAUGUUGAGGAAUCAAUUUUACUACGACUUUGUGAUACCACUCUUGCCAAUGAUGUACAGGAUGAAUCGAUAAACAUUGUCACGACGUUCUGAUAAAUACGAGUAAGUUCUAUUUGUUAAGAAUUUAAUAAGCUUCGACGAGUAUGAAGCGUCGAUUAAUGAAUCUCGUAUGGCCGUUCUUACUGAUUCAGCCUGUAUGCAAAAUGCGAACGAAGUAAACGAUUUUGUUCAUUGUCAGAAAAUUUUCAGACUGCCUUCCCCUCGUUUAAACAGAACAAAUGAACAAUACUCUAACUGUAUUUAACGUAGCCUCCAGUCCUGCUAACGGUUCCCAAUUUACUUCGACAGGCCCUCUCAUAAACGUCAUUAGCAGAAUUACCUACCCAUGUAAUUAGAAUUUAUGCCGGUACAGUUUUAUUGGCCCUACGUGACGCCAUGAAAUUGUUCUACGGGUUCAGGUUACCGUGCAAUUAGUUUUUUUCCACAGUUGCAAGCCCGUUAUUAAAUAGGCAUUUACAGGAAUUUACUUCAUUAAACGUGUAAGUUAUGUUCUCCCGACGCGCCGUUAACUAUUUGUUAAAUCGUGAUAGCACGAGAUACUGUCUCCGACAAGCGUCAUAUUUAUUCGAAUCGAAUAACAAAAUCUGCGAUGUAACUUUGUAAUCACGACCACUGAUAAUAAAAAUGAAUACUUUUGUAAGUGAGAAA